AUGUCUUCAACUACUCAAACACAACAAUAUGCACCAGAAGAUACGAUUCUCGUUACCAAUCAUGAUGCAGAUUCACCAAAUACGGGUGUUACUCGUGUUGUGGUAAUUGCUAUCGAUCAAUCAAAAUAUAGUCAAUUUGCAUUUGAUUGGGCUGUAAAGAACUUUUUGAGAAAAGAAUCUGAUUUGGUUGUAUUAGUAAAUGUUCGACCAAUUGAAACGACUCCAAUUCCGUACGAUAUUGGUCCCCGUUUCACGGAUUUCAAUGAAAUUGCUAUUACUUUAGACGAUCAAAAAAGAAAGUCACAAUCUGCUACACGAAUUCGCGUCAAAACUAAAGGAGGAAAACCAAUAGCCCUACGAGGAGAUGCUCGAGAUGAAAUUGUUCGUAAAGUUUCUGAAUUAAAUGCUGAUGGUUUAAUUCUUGGAUCUCGUGGUCUGGGAGCCGUAAAACGAAUGUUACUCGGCUCUGUGAGUGAUCAUUGCGUUCACAAUUGUCAUUGUACUGUAAUCAUUGUAAGGGAAGAUACGGGGAAAAAGUCAAAGUAA